AUGAAGCUCCCUUACAGUUUUCUCCAACCCUCGGGCAACAUUCUUUUUGCUGCGCGCGGCGGCAAGGUUCAUUCGUUCAACCUCAAGGACAACACUUACCUCGCAACAUGGCAACAUCCUGAUGUUGAGAAAAGCGCUGGAGCAGAUGCCUCCAAGUCUGGUCCCGACACGCAAGAAGGCGAUGGUCCGGCAUCAGCUCCCGAGGUCACAGGUGAUACGUCAACAUUAAAGGAUACGGCUGAGGCUGAGGUGCAGGAUGGACCGCCGGCCAAGAGGCAGAGGCUUCAGGAGGCGCAGGAUGUACAACCAGACAAGGACGAAGGGGCCAUGGAUGUCGACGAGCCGUUGGCCGAGGACCAGAAGAAAGGCAGUGGCUUCAAGAAUCGGAAGCAGAAGCAAAAGGAGAGGCAAGAUCGCCAGGGAGGACCCAAUGUCAGGGGCACCUACGGAAGGACCGUUGAGCAGCCACUCAUUUCUCACCUGCUAGUGACCAGCAGUGGCAGUCACCUUGUUGCUGUAUCUGGACACGACAAGACAAUAUGGACGCCUAUGCCCAAGCGCCCCUGCACGGCGCUCAUCAGCCCGGACGACAAGCUCAUUCUCAGCGCUGACAAGUUUGGCGACGUUUACACGCUUCCUCUGCUCGGUGUGCCGUCCGCUGCGACUGAAGAGCCCCAACCCGCAUCCACAACCCCAGUCCCAGAGUCCUCGAAAGAAUGGAAACCCCAAGGCACCAACCUGACCGUCCACUCCCGUCGCAACCUUGAAGCCCUCCAGCAGCAGCAGAGCCAUGCAGCCAAGGCGCACGCGCUGAACGAGGCUCACCAAGCCGAGAAGGUCAAGUUUGACCAUAGCCUCAUCAUCGGACACGUCUCGCUCUUGACGGCCAUGAUCCUGGCGCAGAAGGGCGAGCGAAGGUACAUCGUCACCGCAGACCGCGACGAACAUAUCCGCUUGUCCAGGUACGUGCCACAGGCGCACGUCAUUGAGGGAUACUGUCUCGGCCACACGCACUUUGUCAGCGCCUUGACGAUACCGCCAACCCGCCCGAACGUGCUCAUUUCAGGAGGUGGCGACAAUGAACUCUGUGCUUGGGACUGGGAGGCCUCUGAGCUUCUGGCCAAGUUCGACCUGCUGCCGUACGUCGCGCAGGCCGUGGCAGGUGAAGCGCCGACCAAGCUGGCCGUCUCACAGCUGACCUCUGUUCCUGUGACUCUUGCCGGAGAGAACACUCCUUCAUCUUUGAUCUUCAUCACGUGUGAAGGAGUUCCCGCGAUCAUCAUCUUCCAGACGGACUCCGAGUCCAUCUUCAAGUACCACAGUCUCAUCCCCACAAACGGCAACCCGCUUCACAUCGCUCACAUCCCUGGGCACGAUGGCGUGCCAGCCCGCGCCAUCGUCGCCCUGGAUCCCGGCGAGUCCACGGAGCCUGUUGAGAUACUCUCUCUCUCAUUGGCAGGCGGCUCAGUCACCGCCGAGUCCUUCAAGCUGCAGGACGACGAGGUGACUGCUGCCGAGGCCGAAGUAUCCCAGGCUGAGGUGCGAAAGCUUCUCUACAGCGUGGAAGACUUGCGCAAGCACGACUUUGACGGCGAUGAAGCUACUGAAGAAGGGAAGAACGGACAGGAGGACAAGGGCACGGGGGCAUAG